CCCCCACCCCGUACCCCCGCCAUGGCCGAGCCCAGCACCGAGUGCAGCAUCAAGGUCCUGUGCCGGUUCCGGCCCCUCAACCAGGCUGAGAUCCUGCGUGGGGACAAAUUCCUGCCCGUCUUCCAGGGUGACGACAGCGUGGUGGUGGGGGGCAAGCCCUAUGUCUUCGACCGUGUCUUCCCUCCCAACACCACCCAGGAGCAGGUCUACCAUGCCUGUGCCAUGCAGAUCGUCAAGGAUGUGCUGGCUGGGUACAACGGCACCAUCUUCGCCUACGGGCAGACGUCAUCGGGCAAGACCCACACCAUGGAGGGCAAGCUGCACGACCCCCAGCAGAUGGGCAUCAUCCCACGCAUCGCCCAGGACAUCUUCAACCACAUCUACUCCAUGGACGAGAACCUCGAGUUCCACAUCAAGGUUUCUUACUUUGAAAUUUAUCUGGACAAGAUCCGGGACCUGCUGGACAUGACCAAGACCAACCUGUCAGUGCACGAGGACAAGAACCGAGUUCCUUAUGUCAAGGGCUGCACUGAGCGCUUUGUCUCCAGCCCUGAGGAGAUCCUGGACGUGAUCGAUGAGGGGAAAUCCAACCGGCACGUGGCCGUCACCAACAUGAACGAGCACAGCUCCCGCAGCCACAGCAUCUUCCUCAUCAACAUCAAGCAGGAGAACGUGGAGACGGAGCAGAAGCUCAGCGGGAAGCUCUACCUGGUCGACCUGGCAGGGAGUGAGAAGGUCAGCAAGACAGGAGCAGAAGGAGCCGUGCUGGACGAGGCCAAGAACAUCAACAAGUCUCUGUCAGCGUUGGGCAAUGUCAUCUCAGCCCUGGCUGAGGGCACGAAGGCCUACGUGCCCUACCGGGACAGCAAGAUGACGAGGAUCCUGCAGGACUCGCUGGGGGGGAACUGUCGCACCACCAUGUUCAUCUGCUGCUCCCCCUCCAGCUACAACGACGCCGAGACCAAAUCCACCCUCAUGUUCGGGCAGAGGGCCAAGACCAUCAAGAACACGGCGUCGGUGAACCUGGAGCUGACGGCGGAGCAGUGGAAGAAGAAGUACGAGAAGGAGAAGGAGAAGAACAAGGCGCUGAAGGAGACGAUCGUGAAGCUGGAGGCGGAGCUGAGCCGCUGGCGGAGCGGGGAAGCCGUGCCCGAGACCGAGCAGCUGAGCGGGGCCGAGGCCGAGGUGGGAACGGGCGAAGGGACGGGAGACGGGAGCGGGAGCGCGCUGGGACCCGCCGGGGAGACGCCCCUCAACGACAACUCCUCCUCCAUCGUCAUCCACAUCUCGGAUGAGGAGCGCAGAAAGUACGAGGAGGAGAUUCGGAAGCUCUACAAGCAGCUGGAUGAUAAGGACGACGAGAUCAAUCAGCAGAGUCAGAUCAUGGAGAAGCUCAAGCAGCAGAUGUUGGAUCAAGAGGAGGUGCUGGCGGCGGCGCGGGGCGGGGGGGAGGCGGCGCGGCGGGAGCUGUCGGCGCUGCGGGCUGAGCACGGCGCUGCCCGGGCCGAGGUCGCCGAGGUACUGGCGGCACUGGAGGAGCUGGCGCGGAGCUACGACCGCAAAGCGCAGGAGGCUGAGGACACCGGGAGGCACAACCGGCGCUUGGCCGACGAGCUGGCACGCACCGAGGCGACGACGCUGUCCCUGGAGACGGAGCUGCAGCGGGUGCGGGAGCUGGGCGGGCAGCAGCGCAAGCGGGCGGCCGAGGUGCUGAACGGGCUGAUGCGGGACCUGAGCGAGUUCAGCCUCAUCGUGGGCAACGGCGAGAUCAAGCUGCCCGUGGAGGUGAGUGGGGCCAUCGAGGAGGAGUUCACAGUGGCCAGGCUCUACAUCAGCAAGAUCAAGUCCGAGGUGAAGUCGGUGGUGAAACGGUGCCGGCAGCUGGAGAACCUGCAGGUGGAGUGUCACCGCAAACUGGAGGUGACUGGGCGCGAGCUCUCCUCCUGCCAGCUCCUCAUCUCCCAGCAUGAGGCGAAGAUCCGCUCGCUGACCGAGUACAUGCAGACGGUGGAGAUGAAGAAAAGGCACCUGGAAGAGUCCUACGAUGCCCUGAGCGAGGAGCUGGCCCGGCUGCAGGCCCAGGAGACAGCCCAGGGGGUGGCCCGGAAGGAGAGGGAGCAGGAUGAGACCCAGGACACGGAUGAAGUGAAGAAGGCGCUGGAGCUGCAGCUGGAGAGUCAGCGGGAGGCUCAGCACAAGCAGCUGGGGCGGCUGCGGGACGAGGUCAACGAGCGGCAGAAAACCAUCGACGAGCUGCGGGACCUGAACCAGAAGCUGGAGCUGGAGCUGGAGAAGCUUCGGGCAGAGCACGAGGCGCUGCGGGCUGAGGAGAGGGCCAAGGCUGCACGGCUGCAGGAGCUCACGUUCCUCUACGAGCGCCAUGAGCAGUCCAAGCAGGAUCUCAAGGGGCUGGAGGAGACCGUGGCUCGUGAACUCCAGACCCUCCACAACCUGCGCAAGCUGUUUGUUCAAGACGUCACAACUCGAGUCAAGAAAAGCGCAGAGCUGGAGCCCGAGGACAGUGGGGGGCUGCACUCCCAGAAGCAGAAGAUUUCCUUUCUUGAGAACAACCUGGAGCAGCUUACAAAGGUUCACAAACAGCUGGUGCGUGACAAUGCAGACCUGCGCUGUGAGCUUCCGAAGCUGGAGAAGCGGCUGCGCGCUACGGCCGGGCGUGUGCAGGCCCUGGAGGGGGCGCUGAGGGAGGCGAAGGAGGGGGCGCGCCAGGACAAGCGGCGCUACCAGCAGGAGGUCGAGCGCAUCCGCGAGGCCGUGCGCGCCCGCGGAGCCGGGAGCGCGAGGCGGCACCACAGCGCGCACAUCGCCAAGCCGGUGCGGCCGGGGCAGCUCCCAGCGGCGUCACCCCCCGGGCUCAGCUACACCAACAGCCUCUUCCAGGGUACCCCCGGGGCGGGGCCCCUGCCCGGACCCGCCCCCCAGGGCCUCUUUGCCAGUGGCCCCUCCACGCUCUCCAGCAGCCCCCCGGACACCUACCAGCAGCUCAACGUGGAUAAUGGGAACGUGACAGACAUCAACGACAACAGGAGCGACCUGUCCUGUGCCUGUGAGGCUGAGGAGCCCUCCCAGCUCUUCCCACUGCGCCAGGAGACGGCGGCCAGUUAAUGCCCCCCCCCAAAAACAGGUCCCACCGGACCCGUCUCCGCUCGCAUGUCCCGGUGUCACCUCCGUGUCCUGUGCUCGCCGCCACGCCCCCUCCACGCCCCCCCCACGCCCCCAAAAUGAGGGGGGACGGGGCUCAUCUCCGGUGGGGGAGGGUCCCACCCCCUUCCAGGACCCGGCUGGGGCUGGGGGGUGCUGCCCGGGGUCCGCUUCGAGAUGCCUUAA